GUGCAGGAUAACAGCCUCCUUUCCUGCUCUGUUCAAACCAGCACACUCCAUUUAUUCCCUUCACCAAUUCCCUCUUCACAAUCCAAACUCUCUUUAUUCAUCAUCACUGCUUUUCUCAUUUCCCUUCCAAUUCCAUUCAAACACUACAGACAAAGAAACAACAACAAGACAUGUCCCUCAUCCAAUCCUCAACAUUCACAAACACCAAUGUCUCACUCUCUCCUUCCCUCUCAAGCUCCUCCCAAAAAUUUCCAACCUUUCACCCUACCCUUUUCAUAAAACCCUCUUUCUCUCCCAACCCACUUUCUGUCUCACCCAGAAAAUCACCCUUCUUCACCACCCCACUUUUCUGCAAGUCUCCUGAAGCAGAAGAAGAGGCUUCACCCCCUGAUGAUGAUUGGCUUCAGAAGCUUCCAGAAAAGAGCAAGCCUCUCUACUCUCACAGCUUGCCUUGCAUUGAGGCAUGGCUGAAGAGCCUUGGCUUUUGCCAGAGCAAAGAUGAUAGAGCUGUGUGGCUCAUACACAAGCCUGAUUGGCAUGCUCAGCUCUCUCUUGAUGUAACUGAUCUCUACAUAAGAUAUUUGAGGAGUGGACCUGGGAAUCUUGAAAAAGAUGUGGAGAGGAGGUUUAGUUAUGCUUUGAGUAGAGAAGACAUUGAGAAUGCUGUACUUGGAGGACCAUAGUCAUUUUGCUUUCUAUCUGUCAAAUAUACAGUGCCUUAAUUUCUUGCUGGAAAUAGUUAGUCAUUUCAUACGUUAAUCUUUAACUUUCAUGUCAGAAUGUUCUCUAUUGAAAGGACUAAAGAAUUUUUUUACUAUGUGAUCAU